ACGUCCAGUCACAGCAGCGGGCAGACUGUGUGCAUAGCUACUGGAGUCAUCGUGCAUCAUGCGAUAUAGCUGUUUUUAAUUAAAUAUUUGUAUGUUUAAAUACUGUUGCUAUUGCAAUUUGUAAUAUAGGUACACUAAACGUAACCAGUCAUGUCCACGGAAGCAACCGCCGACCAGGUAGAUCAUUUCAGUUGUUUGUAGCGAACGGUUGCUAGUUAGCUACAUUUUCACCCGUGUUGCAUGAUGGUUCACUACCUAGCUAGGCCUACACUCUAGAUACCGUUUAAUGUAGAUUGGGAGCGCUUUCUACAUAGUUACCAUACAUUCUUGACAAUAUUUUAGUGGAAAUAGUUAACUACUCAAUUACAUUUCCAUUUUGAGAGAUAUCUGCGGCUAAGCUAAUUACGUACUAGCUAGGUAACCUGCCAAUGAUUUUGGUCGUAAAUUAAUGGCAAACGGCUAACUAACGUCAACUAACUUGUAUAGUAUAGGUAACACAACCUGAUAUGGUCUGCGUGUGAAAGAACUUCAUGCUAACACGACUAGUUAUCGUGUGCUAGUUAGCGUUUGGCCUGUUGAGAAUAAACACGCUAGUUAGUUAGCUUGCAAGCUAACGUUAGCUACCUAGGUAAAAUUACUGUUGAAGUUGGGCCGCGCUUUUUUGUUGCACUAGUUAGCUAACUAGUUAAAGCGUAUGCAAUGCGUGCACAUUGUAUUGCAUUUCAACAGUUGAGCGCACCGUUCACUCAAUAAGCUAGCUAUGUCAGAAGUUGUGUAACAUGUUUACAUGAUUAGCUACCUACCUUAGUAGCUAGCUAGCUAACCACGUAAACAAGCAAGCACUGCCUCGUGUUUGCCUUUGUUCUACUCGCUUUUUUAUGUGGCUAAAGAAAGUCCAAACUGUUAAGGAACAAGUGUAGUAGGUCUAUUAUAAACGAGCUCUUCUAAAAUGUACUCUUAAAAUUGUCUAUAAUAUUGGCACACUGACUGAUUUUCCCAAGCCACCUAUUGUUGCAGUGUAUGCAUGUCUGUAACCCCAAUCAUCUUUUUACGUCUUGCAGGCAGCUGAGUAUAUCCCGGAGAAGGUUAAGAAAGCAGAGAAGAAGUUGGAAGAAAACCCAUAUGACCUUGACGCAUGGAGCAUUCUGAUUCGAGAAGCACAGGUUUAGUGACUCAGGGUUGCUUCCUCUUACCUGGGGUAAUCGAUCGGGUCAAGGGAGGGAGAGGGUGGGGAUCAACAGGGUGGUGGGUGGGGAUCUAACAGAACAAUUACAGAUGUGUCAUAUAGGACUGUUUCAACUUGUUUGUCAACAAGUGUACAUGUGAAUGCAUUCUACCCUUUUAGAACCAGCCUAUAGACAAAGCAAGGAAGACCUAUGAACGACUUGUUGCCCAGUUCCCAAGCUCGGGCAGAUUCUGGAAACUAUUCAUUGAAGCGGAGGUUAAUAUUUUAUCAAUUUCUCACAACUGCAUGGGUGUGCAUAUCCUAACAGGAUCAACAAUGUGACUUUCACACAACAAAUAGGUCCACUUCAUCUAAAUUGUAUUUUUUUUUUUAAAGUACGAGGGGUUUAGGUUACAAUCUUAACCAUUUAUUUUUCAGGAAGCAGACUGUAUGUUCCUCGGUUAAAGAACAUCUAUUUUCUACGUCUUUAAAUGGGGUUAGGUGCAUUUGUUGCAUGUUUGAUCUGCAACAGCAUUAAAACUUUUUAAUGGUAUUGGAGUGCUUUAGCCUUUUAUUCACUUGUCGUGUCUAUUUAUUGCCUCCUGUGUCAUUUCUUUGAGGUCAUUUUUGUUUUUGAUCAUAAACCGUAUGAGUGAAUGUUGUGUCCAACUUAACACUUUACCCAGCACAGGUGUGCCCCCCUACCCCCAACAGGCCAUCUAUGUUGACGUCCAAAGAUGUAAUAUUGUAGAUCCCCGUUUAUAUAUAGGCUGACGUUCACCCUGGUUUUGACCCAGCAAAGAAUCCACAUUACGCCAAUAUGUCUUUAAAAGGAUAGUUCACCCAAAUUACAAAUUUACAUUGGUUUCCUUACCUUUUAUUUCUGUGGGUGGUACCUGCUCCCAUUCCUGCCUACUACCCUGACCAAGCAAUAGUGCUUACAUCUUAGAUGAGCCUUAAACCCCCAUCCAUACGUAAGCUCAAUCAUUUAAUUAGUAUUCCAUUAGUUUUAGACAUACACAUGGAUGCUUGUAAUCCACUUAUUUUAGGGGGAUAAAGUGGGUAAGUAUGUGAGUUAAGAGCAUGACUGACCAAGCCUCAUUGUUAUUAUUGUGCCUUAAUUGAUGCCCGCUACACACAGCUCUGAUCCCAACUAGUCUCUGGGCCCUGGGCUGUCUACAGCAGGUGAAUGGAAGUCUGGGGGAGGAGAGCAGCUCAUGUGUCCAGUUUAAAAUCAACCCCAAGCCUCACUUGUAGGUCUGAAGGGAUUGAGUGGAAGGAUGUGAACUGGUGAUGCUCUGUGUAGCUCCCUUUUUACACCCACAGCUUCCUUUCAGAUCUACAGGAGUUGACUAGUACAGGGUGUCCCAUCUUGGUCCUGCAGUAUGCAGGCUUUUGUUCCAGCCCAGUGCAAAUACAGCUGAUUCCAUGGUGUUGAAUAAGGGGACAGUAUUUUCUCCUGUUAAUUGUGGCUACAGAAUGUGACCCAGGUGUGGUGGUGCUGGACUAGAGGGGAAAAGCCUGCAGACACUGCUGCCCUACAAGACUGGGAUUGGACACCCCUUGUCUAAGAGUUGAUUGAUACCAGAUUGGCUAAUAGUCUCAAAUGUUCAGACCGUCACCUUAUUUGUAGGUGCAUAGUGACUGGAAUACAAUCCUACUAGACCGUGGGGUAUUUGCACCGUGCACAUCCGUGAGGAGUUGGGCACAUUGUUUUUGAGUCUAGAAGCUCUCCCAUUCUAUACACUGCUGCCCUAGUUAGAAUGGCCUCAUUCAACACCAUUUAGCACAGCCUGUAGGUCAUUCUGUAAAAGUUCAACCACCUGUUGACUUCAUUUGUUUAUAACUAUGUACCAUAGUUAAAGAUGGUCAUUUGCAUUAAAACUAUCCUUUUUUUUUUACCCUUCCAGUUUGGAUAGCCUUUGAUUUAUAUCUAGACUGCAGUCAAAUCGAGGUUGCCAUAUUCUUUUUUUAGCCCAGUUUCAUUUGCCUCAACAUAGUGAGUAACCUGGAAAAAUAUAAACUAAUUUAGUUAAGCUUUGGUUGUUUUGAGUUUAGUUCUUCUAACAGCAACCUGUCAAAUAGUAUGGUCUUUGCUGCAGUAACAUCAACAUUCUAGUUUGGAUCUAAUUUAUUAGUUUUGAGUCCCCCAUCUUUUUUGCUAAUGUGUAGAAAACGAAUCAUACGUUUGAAUAUCUGACCUUUUCCCACUAACCUUUCAAGAAAAUAACGUGUGCUUGUGAAAGAGUUAUACACUAACAAUCCACUAUUGGGAAUUCAGGCGUUCACUUGUGUGAAUUCACACAUUGCAAGACACUAACAUACAGGUGCAGCUUAGGGGGACCAUUGUCUUGGUUCUGGGUCAGAUUUGACUUUUUGUGGCACAUUUCACACUUACGUUGUGCUUUUUGUGUUCGUUUCAAUACAGUUUCACUCACCUUGGGGAACUCUCAAGCGGUUGGUCUGUGCAUGCACAAGCAUAAGGAAAUGCAUAACUUGCGUUGUACUCAAUUUGACUGUACCCUGCGGUUUGUUGAAAAGUGAUUUUAAAUUGCAUACUGUUUAAUAAAACAAAUGACCAGAAUUCUGUACUGUGACUUAUUGCAUCUUUUCUUUAUGGUGUUGAUGGUUACUGCAGUCCAGUUAACAACCUCCUCCUUUCCCCAUAACUAAUCCCAUUUUAAAGUACGCAUUAGGCAUGGCCCUCUGAUUAUCCCACAGAAAUUGCCCAUCACCUUCCUAGUUCAUAGUAAAUUCAGUUUUUUUGUUGGCUGCUCAAUGCGUGUUAGGUAGUAGGCCUAGUGAUGGUGUGCUUGUAAAGUGAAUGCUUAUUUGGUAGCGAACUUAUGGUAGCAUGGAGAACUGGAAUAGUGUUUAAUGUUGUGGAAGCUAUUUUUAUGGAUAUGUUACAAAUGUGCAUAAGGAAGUAUUCCUGUGUUGAUGGGCUUGCUCUUGGGUUUUUAAGCCUGGGUCUUUCAAGUAGCCUAGAUUGUUGUGACAUCCUGAUAAAAGGCCAUAUUACUAAUAGAAUGUAUUUUAUUUGGUUGAUGUGAUUUAGAUAAUCAUCUUAGACAAAAUUGGAUGGAUUGAAAUUUAUUUAAUUCCCCACCCGACUGGUUUGCCUGCACCGAAAUAGAACAGAAGUGCUUUAGUCAACUGUCUCUCUUGUAGUGUAUUCAGGUCUGGUUCUCAUGUAGCUGCUAUAACAACCUUGAGUGAGACGCUCAAACUAUUGGUAGUGAGUGCUAAAGCCAUGGGGUGCUGUAGAUGCAUGCAAUGACAAUGUAUGCUGGCUACAGAUUGUGUGUGUGUGUGUGUGUGUGUGUCUGCCCUCGAGGUGAGAUUUUUUUAGAUAUAGCCUACCUAAAGCUAUGUCACUGUCACAGGGAUGUACUUUUCUAAGCAUGCAGCUGUCAAGGCUGGGGUUACAUUUUCUGUGUGCUAUUUUUAUGUUGAUUUUAUCUCAAGUUGAUUUACCUCAAUAAAUCAUUGGUAAUAAACAAUUUUGUUUCAUGUUGUGUCUGUGUAAAACUAGUGUUGUUUUUCAUGUUUAUCACUACAAUGCCAUAGUCGCCAUUGGCUAUAGUCGCCAUAGGCCUAGUUCUCUCUUUAGGAUCUGACUCUUUGAACAAAUGUGAAAUUAUUCAUUGUGAUCUUGCAAUGAUACCUCCCACCUCUAGAUGUAUACAUAUUGAAUUAGUUAUUUUCUUGCACUGAGUAUUUUUAAUCUUGAAAAAGUACUUCUGUUCAAGCUUUAUGCUGCUAGGCCUAGGCUAUGUUUAACAUUGACAGAUUAUUUGAUAGCCUCUCUAAUCAGUGAUUGUCUUAAGUGGCUUUCACAACAAUAAGCUGAAAGCCAACCUGUGGGACUUAGUGACAUUCCGCUGUAUUGCUCUUAGAAUGGAUGAAGGAAAGAAGCAGAUUUAGAAUUAUCGGGGCAGGAUUCAUUCCAAGUUCAACUGUAUUCUCCCAUUCAAACACCUGAAUGUUUCUUGUUACUGUGUUUUGUCGUCAUAUUUUUAGGAGCUACUAGCCUUGCAGUUGCAACAACAGAAGGCCUACAGUACAGUACAUGCAGCUAGGCUGCUGCAUUGGGAGCCCUGGGCCUGACACACAAACAGGCCUUUUGUCAGGGCCAGGCCAACCGGUAGCGCCAGUAAAGCUUGGUGUUUCUCAUUCUGCUUUGCUGACACUGGUCUAUGCUGGCAGGCCUGUGUAGAGGGAGGAUUGGAACUCCACAGGGCUUGGAAUAGGGACAGAACGGAUUGAGGACUCCCUCUCCCACCAAACAUCAGCUGCCUGACGGUGUGGAGCCUCUUUCCUGCCACUGUCAGUCAAUGAGUCACCUUGAUGCCUGGCCAGGCUGACAGUCAGUAACGUGUUUAGUGAUUGGCACGAGUGUGGUCUUUUCCAGUGUAGUGAAGGGGCUAAUAUACGAUAGCUUUUUAUAUGCUGAUGAAAAUGUUUUUAUUUAGCUUGUUUUUCUAAGGCUACAGUUUAUUGGGAAGGGUGGGUAUUCACAGAUUCCUUCACAGCCCUUUUCUUUACCCCAUGGAACAAUAUGUCUAGACAUCAAAACUCAUUUUUUCUUACAACUGGCUGAUCAUGUGACUCAUGUAUGGUCCAUGAUGUACAAUGAGAAUAAAUCCCUUAUCUUACAAAAUUGAUCUUGAAAUGGUCUUUCUUGUGUGAAAUUCACUUUGUUGAUCUGAAAGGGACUGUGUGUGUGUGUGUAAGAGGGAGUUUGCAUGCAUGCAUGUUUGUCCAUAUAUACAAUGGAAACACCUGCCUGUUGAAUUAACACUUCGUUUACACUCUGUCCACAGAUCAAGGCAAAAAACUAUGACAAGGUAGAAAAGGUGAGUGCAAAUCAUACCAAAGUCCCCUCCCAUUGGCCUUACAGGAGACUGAGACUGCCAUGGUUGGUUGAUUCUGAGGGAGGGUCCACCUCCCUGUCACUGGAUGGAAACCAACAUGGUUCUGACUCAUCCAGUGUUGCCCUUAACAACUGAAAAAGCCAUUUAAGUCACCACUGUAAUACAUCAAUGAUCAAGCCAAACCCAUAAAAUGUAGCUGCAUGCUUUACAGCAGUACAACAGAAAAUCUACAAUUCACAAGAGUGGCAAAUGAUUGUUUAUUGCCACUUGUUUAAGUCACAGGCAACACUAAACACUUAGCAGCAUAAACUAUUCCAUCUGAUGCAGAUGUUUUUACUGUGUUGUUGCUGUCUGUUAUCCAUCACCUGAAACUGAAGGGAAAAGUAGUUCUCUCGUUUUCACCACGGGUAGGUUGUCUUUAACAGCAGCAGCGUGUUGCAAAGCCCUUGUGUACACUGCUGUUUAUAUCUCCAGCCGUGGUAGUGUGGCUGCUGUCUGUCAGUGAGCUGUGUUCUGCUGGUUCUCCUGCCUGGGUAGGCAUUAGGUCACUAUCCAUUAGGCAGCCCUCCAUAGAGGGAAUCCACUACUUCCCCUUUUAUACACAGAAACACACACACUACAAAUCACCUAGCAUGUCUAUUUCUCAGUGCCCAACAGUAUGACAGUUGUGAAUGAUUGAGUGCACUCUCUGUCUGAAGCAUUACUUUUCAGUAGACUGAUAUGUUUUUCAAUACUUGAAACGUGUCCCUUCCCUCCUGCUGUAGUUGUUUCAGAGAUGUCUGAUGAAAGUGCUGCACAUCGACCUGUGGAAAUGCUACCUCUCCUACGUCCGAGAGACCAAAGGAAAGCUACCCAGCUACAAGUAGGUUCACCUAUUACCCAGGAAAGGAAUUGGAGGGGGACAGAGUGUGAGGGCCAGGGGCUCUUCGUGUUGUGCUCACACACCAUCUUAACCAUUCAGCAAUGCAUUUCACAGUGAUAACACAACACCCUAUUUUGACAAAUGUUCCCAGUGCAUGUCUUGAUAUUGUGAUGUAACACAAGUCCUAACCCAGCCCUGCUUGGCCAUCACCAGAGAGAAGAUGGCGCAGGCGUAUGACUUUGCGCUGGAUAAAAUCGGCAUGGAGAUCAUGUCCUACCAGGUAAAUCAAAGCAUAUUGGCAAUUAAAUGAUCUAAAACGAGUUAGUAAAAAAUGUGCAAUCUGGUAGGCUGAAAUGGGGUUCCAAGCCAUGACCUCUAAUUCUUCUGCUCUCCCCUCAGAUAUGGGUGGACUACAUCAACUUCCUCAAAGGAGUGUAAGUACUACUCUUCACACAAUACUUAGUUUUUUGCCAUUAAAAAGUACGUACUUCAAGGAAAAGUCCCUCAUUCCCUACCCUUGUGUCCUUCCAGUGAGGCUGUUGGUUCGUACGCUGAGAACCAGAGAAUCACAGCGGUGCGCAGGGUCUACCAGAGGGGCUGUGUGAACCCCAUGAUCAACAUCGAGCAGCUCUGGAGAGACUACAGCAAGUAUGAGGAGGUAAGACCAAUGACCUGUGACCCCUAUGGAGGGCUGAAUAAUGAACCCCAUGGGGGGGUAGCAGAACAUUGCUUUUAUGUGCCAUUGAUAUAUAUCAUCUGUCAGUGGUACUAAGAAGCCUGGUAUUGUACAAACAGGGCAUCAACGUACAUCUGGCCAAGAAGAUGAUUGAGGACCGCAGCAGAGACUACAUGAACGCUAGGAGAGUGGCCAAGGUAAGGUACUCACAAACACACUAUGAGGAGGGAAACUGAUGCAUACUGUCUGGUAAACCAUGAACGCUAGGAGAGUGGCCAAGGUAAGGUACUCACAAACACACUAUGAGGAGGGAAACUGAUGCAUACUGUCUGGUAAACCAUGAACGCUAGAGAGUGGCCAAGGUAAGGUACUCACAGACACCUAUGAGGGGAAACUGAUGCAUACUGUCUGGUAAACCAUGAACGCUAGGAGAGUGGCCAAGUAAGGUACUCACAAACACACUAUGAGAGGAACUGUGCUCCUUCUGGUAAACCAUGACGCUAGAGAGUGGCCAAGGUAAGGUACUCACAAACACACUAUGAGGAGGGAAACUGAUGCAUACUGUCUGGUAAACCAUGAACGCUAGGAGAGUGGCCAAGGUAAGGUACUCACAAACACACUAUGAGGAGGAACUGAUGCAUACUGUCUGGUAAACCAUGAACGCUAGGAUGAGUGGCCAGGUAAGGUACUCACAACACACUAUGACAGGGAAACUGAUGUUACUGUCUGGUAACCAUGAACGCUAGGAGUGUGCCAAGGUAGGUUUCUCACAACACUAUGAGGAGGAACUGAUGCAUACUGUCUGGUAAACCAUGAACGCUAGGAGAGUGGCCAAGGUAAGGUACUCACAAACACACUAUGAGGAGGGAAACUGAUGCAUACUGUCUGGUAAACCAUGACGAUUGUGAGCUGAUGUUGUCUCUUCAGGAAUAUGAGACUGUGAUGAAGGGUCUGGAUAGGAACGCCCCCUCGGUGCCCCCUCAGAACUCCCCCCAAGAGUCGGUGCAGGUAGAGAUGUGGAAGAAGUACAUCCAAUGGGAGAAGAGCAACCCGCUACGCACGGAGGACCAGACACUCAUCACUAAGAGAGGUGUGUGUGUGUGUGGGGGGGGGGGGGCACAGUGAUUCCUAUAGCUGAGGGUGUUGUGUGUGUGAACCUGAUAUAGCAUGCCAUCACUGAUAUUACAGGCACAGUAAAGUUGAUACAUAUCCAGUGUUGCGUCGAGGUUUUGCUAGCAUUGCAGCCCUAACUUAGUAAUUGUGCUCCGUGUUGCAGUGAUGUUUGCCUAUGAGCAGUGUCUGCUGGUGCUGGGUCAUCACCCUGACGUGUGGUAUGAGGCUGCCCAGUAUCUGGACCAGUCCAGUAAACUACUGGCAGAGAAGGGGGUAAGCAAGGCCACUGAUGACACAAUGUAUCCUAAUGGGAACUGGGUUUCCUCCACGUUUGUUAUUUUAGACCUUACUGGUAUAUGGUUUUUAAAUGCCAAACUUCUCCUUGAACUCUUUCUUCCUCUCCUCAGGACAUGAACAACUCUAAGGUGUUCAGUGACGAGGCAGCUAACAUCUACGAGCGCGCCAUCGGAACUCUACUGAAGAAGAACAUGUUGCUGUACUUUUCAUUCGCUGACUAUGAGGAGGUGAGCUGCACAAACACCAAUCAUCUGUCACGGACCACUUGCCAAAACAAAACAUGAGGUCGUAAUAUGAAGAUGUCAAAGUUGCCAAGGAAAUGUAUAAUGCUUCUACAGCUGCAUUGCUUGCUGUUUGGGGUUUUAGGCUGGGUUUCUGUAUAGCACUUUGUGACAUCUGUUGAUGUAAAAAGGGCUUUAUAGAAAAAUUGAUAGAUUGAUAUAAUUGACUGUCAUCCAUAAGUGAUUAGUGUAUCUCUUACUGCAGACUUAUUCAUUUGUCUCGUCUAAUUCCUAUUAAGAUUAUUUGAUUUGAUUAUUCCGGAGCAAUCCUACUGUCUUGUUGAGUUAAGUGGUGGAGUGGAGUGUGAGCCAGUAAAUGAAUGUUGAAUAGAGGUCCAGGAAAUGUUUGACAGGCAUUUAAUUGAUGAAUGAGCGAACCCACAUCUCUCCUCUUGUCAGAGUCGAAUGAAGCAUGAAAAGGUCCACAGCAUCUACAACCGUCUGCUGGCCAUCGAGGACAUCGACCCCACCCUGGUCUACAUCCAGUACAUGAAGUUUGGCAGGCGGGCCGAGGGCAUCAAGUCGGGCCGCAUCAUCUUCAAGAAGGCCCGGGAGGACAUGCGCACGCGUCACCACGUCUACGUGACUGCAGCCCUGAUGGAGUACUACUGCAGUAAGGUAGGUGGACUGUACAUAGGCUACGGCCACACACACAUUUUGGGUCUGAAAAUUCCGUAUUGAGCCAAUGGUUGUUCCAAUGGGAGGGAGUCAUCCUUUGACGGAUGAUGGACAAACGAAAACAGUUGACUUGAAAAUAACUUUUGACAGACAAUUGAUGAAUGCAUAUACGAUUUCAUCCGCGUUGGUGUGUCUGCGGCCUUAGACUUAAACACGUGCCAAGAGUGGAACAUUGAGAGAGAAUAUAAGGGGGAACAUUCUGUUUCUCAGCGUUUGACUAUAAGGGGGAAAAUUCUGUUUCUCAGUGUUUGACUGGUCUUCCGUUACCUUCCCUCACAGGACAAAUCAGUGGCCUUUAAGAUAUUUGAGCUGGGUUUGAAGAAAUAUGGAGACAUUCCAGAGUAUAUACUUGCAUACAUCGAUUACCUCUCACACCUUAAUGGUAAGUGACAAGUGAUGGAUUCAUUUAUUGAGACUGUCAUUCACCCUCUUGUGUAACAAUAAAACAACCAUGGGUAGUUGCCAUGGCAACAGUUCUUGAGAUUGUAUAGUUGUUAAGCGAUGGUGUUGGAAGGCUACAGAGGAUCCAUUAUCAGUCUUUGUUAAACAUGCUGAUUCUAUUCUCUCUAUGACAUAAACCCAGUGACAUCCUCUAUCAAAAGUAAAUAGAGAACCAUCCAUAGACGAUGCAAUUACUGGUAUAGUCAAACUAGAUAAAACCCAGGCAGAGGCAGUCUAUAGACGCUGGUGUUUUUGUUUAUUUCAUUGACGUAUAUAGAUAUGGGGUUGUUGUGCUGUAAGUUAGGAGAGGGAGGCUGAGGCAUUAUCUGUAACAUAAUGGUAGAUUAAUGAGUUUGAAUGCCUCCUCUCUCUCUCUCUCUCUCUCUCUCUCUCUCUCUCUCUUCCCCCCCUCUCUCUCCCCCUCUCUUCCCCUCUCUCAGUCUUUCCAGCUCCUAAUAAAAACUCUUGCUCUACCUCCCUCCUCUCUUCUCUCUUCCUCUCUCUCUUCCCUCCCUCUCUUCUCUCCCCCCCCUCUCCGCUUAUCUUAAUCGAGCUCUCCCCCCACCACUCUCUCUCUCUCUCUUCAUUCUCUCCUCUCUCCCCACCCUCUCUCUCUCUCUCUCUCUCUCAUUCCCCCCCUCUCUCUCUCCUUCCCCCCCUCUCUCUCUCUUCCCCCCCCCCCUCCAGAGGACAACAACACCAGAGUUCUGUUUGAGCGUGUUCUCACCUCGGGAAGCCUGUCGCCAGAGAAGUCUGGGUAUGAGGAAUUACAUUCCUACAACACCCACAUCAGAUCUGUGUCUGUUAUUGUGUUAUUGACGGUCCUGUGUUUUUUAUCAACACCUCUCCCUCAGUGAGAUCUGGGCGCGUUUCUUGGCCUUUGAGAGUAACAUCGGGGACCUGGCCAGUAUCCUGAAGGUGGAGCGCCGGCGUUUCACGGCCUUCAAGGACGAGUACGAAGGCAAGGAGACAGCCCUGCUGGUGGACAGAUACAAGUUCAUGGACCUGUACCCCUGCUCCGCCAGCGAGCUCAAAGCCCUCGGAUACAAGGUCUGUACAACUGGUAGUUUCUACAGUUACAGAAAGAUGAUGCUGACUGCUAUGGCCGCGUCAUCUGUUAAGGGUUGAAGACUUCAAUAGAAAUCGAUCAAUGUCUAUAAAACAAGUGGACCGUUUGUGUGUUUCUGUCUUGUUCAACUCUUCAAUCGUGAGGGGAAAGGAUAACUGUUUAUAAUUCUAUGAUGUUAACCUGUGUGUGUAGGACGUGUCCCGUGCCAAACUGGCGGCGUUGCUCCAGACGGAGACGGUGGUGACCCCAUCUGCUCCCUCGCAAAAGGACGAGGCUGACCGCAAACCAGAGUAUCCCAAACCUGACACCAACCAGAUGAUCCCCUACCAACCACGACACAUGGCCCGUACGUACCUUUCCCCCUCCUCUACCCCUACCAGCCAUGACACCUGACCUGUAGGUACCUUUCCCCCUCCUCUACCCCUACCAGCCAUGACACCUGACCUGUAGGUACCUUACCCCCUCCUCUACCCCUACCAGCCAUGACACCUGACCUGUAGGUACCUUACCCCCUCCUCUACCCCUACCAGCCAUGACACCUGACCUGUAGGUACCUUUCCCCCUCCUCUACCCCUACCAGCCAUGACACCUGACCUGUAGGUACCUUACCCCCUCCUCUACCCCUACCAGCCAUGACACCUGACCUGUAGGUACCUUACCCCCUCCCCCCUCUACCCUCCAACCAGCUCCUAGUAUACCACCAAAUGGUCUUAGUAGUGUCUCUAAUCCUCAAUCUGCCCUAAGUGAUGUAGUGCAAUAAGGUGUCUUGCCCAGAGUAUGUGAGCGGAUUGGAGAUCCUGCUCAUCGCUUACGGAGCCGGGAUCCAUGUCCUUUCCAACCGCUCUGCUAAAAACCGCUCCUUGCUCACAAGAAAAAAAACUGCCAUUACAAAUUUGCUGUAUAUUUUGAAGUAUUGAACCCAAACCAUAUGAUUUGAAUGAAAAGUAUUUUAAUAAACAACAGGAAAAGGUGACUGUAAGAAGCACUCAUCAUUUCAAAUAGGCUACAUGUCAUAUUAAACAGGAUGUAAACACUGUAAACAGGUCAGGAGCCAGACAGAGAGCCUAAGAAGGAACGAAAAUGAAUUAUUUAGGCUAUUAUUAUUGUUAUUGUUGUUAUUGUUAUUAUUAUUUGCCUAUUAUAAAAAUAAAAUAAAAAGAUUAAAGGCUAUAGCCUACAAAGAAAUACAUUGUGAACAUUUGUGAGUGCGACACACUAGGCUGGCAUGAACAUUAAGCGCUCAGCAUUUAAACAACAUUUCGUUGAAUUAAUUUAUUAUAGUCUAUAAAUUGACUUACUUAUAAUUAAAUAAAAAUGAAAUUAAAAAUGCCUCAUUAGGCCUUUGAAUUCAUUUUUAGAAACAGGAGUUUGGCCAGAGUCUGUGGCUUCAGGAUCAUGUGAUGGUGACUGGAGAGCAGGUCUGCAGCGGAGAAUACCCUCUCCACGCUUGCAGAGCCACUGGGGAUGCUAAACCACCCUUCAAGUAGUUUUAUUUGUUUAUCUAUUGGUAUGCCUAAAGGUUUUUAGGUAAAAUAACCCAAUCAAAACGGAAAGCUCCUUGAAAGAGGUAAUAUGCCAGGCCUAUUGGGCCAAAAUCAACCAUGGCCUGUUGUAUAGAACGAAAAGUAAUGAAACUUUUAAGAGAUCUGUUUUUUUGUUGCUACAAUGACACACUUAGCUAGCUACCCACCUCGUUGCUUUCUGUUAGCACGUAGAACAUAUCAUGCUUUCAGGAUACGUGUCUUUUCACAUUCCACAAUGAUUCUUGUGGACACCACAUCACCACCCUCCCUCUCUUGCUCUUGGUCCUUCACAUCUUUGUAUGUCACCUUGAUUUUGCACCUCUGUGUUUUAACAGUUUCUUAAUGAAAAUAUUUAGCUAACUCCAUGACAGUAGCUAUAGCAAGGGACUAUAGAAGCACACAAGUAGCCUACAAAUGCAUUCUGGGCCGGGCAUGCCCUGAGCUCAUGACGUGAGCGCAACUGGAGCGAAAUUGGAGCGGGUGAGAAGGCCGACGCUCCAGCCUCUAGUCAAAUUGGGCACGGUCCGCUCCACUCCAGCUUCGCUCACAUACUCUGGUCUCUCCCCACAGCUCCAGGACUGCACCCUGUUCCAGGAGGGGUGUUCCCGGUCCCCCCGGCCGCAGUCAUCCUGAUGAAGCUACUGCCUCCACCCACCUGCUUCGUGGUCGGUACCAACACCCCACCACUCACUAUUGGUGAUAUCACAGUGCCAACACCCCACCACUCACUAUUGGUGAUAUCACAGUGCCAACACCCCACCACUCACUAUUGGUGAUAUCACAGUGCCAACACCCCACCACUCACUAUUGGUGAUAUCACAGUGCCAACACCCCACCAUUCACUAUUGGUGAUAUCACAGUGCCAACACCCCACCAUUCACUAUUGGUGAUAUCACAGUGCCAACACCCCACCAUUCACUAUUGGUGAUAUCACAGUGCCAACACCCCACCACUCACUAUUGGUGAUAUCACAUGCCAAAACCCCACCCUUCACUUUGGGAUACACAGUGCCAACACCCCACCGUUCCUUUGGUGAUUCCCGUGCCAACAAACCCCACCGUUUUCACUAUUUGGGGAUAUCACCGUGCCAACACCCCACCGUUCCUAUUGGUGAUAUCCUGCCCCCCCCCCCCCGGGACCGCCCCCCCCCCUCACUAUUGUGAUAUCACGUGCCAACACCCCACCUUCACUUUGGUGAAUCACAGUGCAACACCCCCCCCUCACUAUUGGGGAUAUCACGUGCCACCCCCACCUUCACUUUGUGAUCACAGUGCCAACACCCCACCGUUCACUAUUGGUGAUAUCACAGUGCCAACACCCCACCGUUCACUAUUGGUGAUAUCACAGUGCCAACACCCCACCGUUCACUAUUGGUGAUAUCACAGUGCCAACACCCCACCGUUCACUAUUGGUGAUAUCACAGUGCCAACACCCCACCGUUCACUGUUAGUGAUAUCACAGUGCCAACACCCCACCGUUCACUAUUGGUGAUAUCACAGUGCCAACACCCCACCGUUCACUAUUGGUGAUAUCACAGUGCCAACACCCCACCGUUCACUGUUAGUGAUAUCACAGUGCCAACACCCCACCGUUCACUGUUAGUGAUAUCAUGUGGUUGUGUUGUACUGAUGUUGUGGUGUUGUGUUUCUGCAGGGGCCCUUUGUGCAGGUGGAUGAACUGAUGGAGAGCUUCAGGAGAUGUACACUACCAGAGAGUAAGUAACUUUGAAACUGUCAGAAAUCACCAGCUCCUCUUUUAAACGUUCCUUUGCCUGAAUAGCACAAUAUUAAUAUCUCCCUCCCUCCCUCUCUCUCAGCUGUAGACGCAGCAGUAGAGUUGAUAACAGGCAGGCAGCCUGAUGCCGGCGGAGAAGGGAACGGCUCCAUGGAGAACCAUGCCAUGGCCAAGUCACUGAAGAGACCCAACGCAGACUCUGAUGAAGAGGAGGACAAGGGCGCUGUGGCGCCACCCGUUCACGACAUCUACCGCGCUCGCCAGCAGAAGAGGAUCCGGUGAACACUCACUCACACACGCACACUUGGGAUGGACUCUGUACAGGAAUGUAAACCCGUUACGUCGACCUUUUAGGGCAAAUGGACUCGUCUGAAGUUUGUCUGGAAGGUUCUUUCUAUCCAACCAUCGUUGGUCCCUCUACACACACGUGUUUAAUGUUUUUUUGUUCUUGGUGUUUUUUUAACAGUUUUAUUUUUUAAAGCUGGGUGACUAAUACUGUACAAAGUUUUUAAUUCAACCCUUAAUUUGACACUCAGCUGUUUGGCCUUGUGAGCUCUGGUGAUGGACAAAUGGAAUCAACUUGUUUUUCUAGUCAAAUUGAGAGAAAGCAUUUCCUUCCAAUACAAACGGGAGAAAACAACCAAAACAAA